AUGGCCUUCAAUAACCGUGGGGAUUCGGAGCUGGGACAUCACUUGCGAGUGUCGGCGAUCCGAAUUGCGCAAACUCUCCGCUUAGCAAAGGAUGAUGGCGAACGUGAGAAAGGGCAUCUGAGCCUUGAAGCAGAGCGCCGUUUGUGGUGGACACUGGUUAUCUGCGAAUGGUUGAACUUGACGCAUGAGUCCCCAGUUAUAGACGAAUCUGACUUUAGCAUUCCCCUGCCUUCUGUCUCUCACCGUGAGGCACAGGAUACGCUCGUGGACCCCGCUCACUAUCACAUCUUUAUGGCUCGAACAUCGCAAGUCAUAUACAAGUUUCGCAUAUCACUGAAAUACGGUGUCAAAUCGUUGAAAAAUGCUAUCGACAUCGUCAAAACUGCUGACGAAGGGCUAGCGAGCAUUAUUGACUCGUUGCCAAGUCACUUGCAGCCCGAGAGUGAUGCAGUCACCGAUGCAGAGAUCCAAGAUCUCGAGAGCACCCAACCGUGGAUCAAGUGGCAACGCUACGACUUGACUCUCGUCCUCCUGCAUCUGCGCAUGCACAUCAACCGUGUUCUUCAAAAGCAGUGGCUAUCAUCUCCCGAGGAAUAUCACUGGGCACGAACAGUUAGCGUCACAUCUGCCAUGAGCCUAAUUUGGAUUAAUCGAAGCUGGGAUCAGCCGGCGUCAACCAGAAAGCAGUGGUAA